UGUGCGCACAGGGCGCCUGCGCGCGGGUUCCGGCAGCCCGCGAGACGCUGUCUGCGGGACUUGGUAGACGGCUGAGGUGCGGGAGCUGCGGGAGGAUGGAGCCACUGAAGAUGGAAAAGUUCACGACUGCCGACCGGGGAAACGGGCUGCGCGCAGUGGCCCCGCUACGCCCCGGGGAGCUGCUCUUUCGCUCGGAUCCUUUGGCGUACACGGUGUGCAAGGGGAGUCGUGGCGUCGUCUGCGACCGCUGCCUCCUCGGGAAGGAAAAGUUGAUGCGAUGCUCUCAAUGCCGAGUUGCCAAAUACUGUAGUGCUAAGUGUCAGAAAAAAGCUUGGCAGGACCACAAGCGGGAAUGCAAAUGCCUUAAAAGCUGCAAACCUAGAUAUCCUCCUGACUCUGUGCGACUUCUUGGUCGAGUUGUCUUCAAACUUAUGGAAGAAACUCCCUCAGAAUCCGAGAAACUUUACUCAUUUUAUGAUUUGGAAUCAAAUAUUAGCAAACUCACUGAAGACAAGAAAGAGGGCCUCAGGCAACUUACAAUGACAUUUCAACAUUUCAUGAGAGAAGAAAUACAGGAUGCUUCUCAGCUGCCAGCUUCUUUUGACAUUUUUGAAGCCUUUGCAAAAGUGAUCUGCAACUCUUUCACCAUCUGUAACGCGGAGAUGCAGGAAGUUGGUGUUGGCCUGUACCCUAGCAUGUCCUUGCUCAACCACAGCUGUGACCCCAACUGUUCGAUUGUGUUCAAUGGGCCCCACCUCUUACUGCGUGCCGUCCGAGACAUUGAGGUGGGAGAGGAGCUCACCAUCUGCUACCUGGAUAUGCUGAUGACCAGCGAGGAGCGCCGGAAGCAGCUGAGGGACCAGUACUGCUUUGAGUGUGACUGUUUCCGGUGUGAAACCCAGGACAAGGAUGCUGAUAUGCUAACUGGCGAUGAGCAAGUCUGGAAGGAAGUUCAGGAAUCCCUGAAAAAAAUUGAAGAACUGAAGGCACAUUGGAAGUGGGAACAGGUUCUGGCCAUGUGCCAGGCGAUCAUAAGCAGCAACUCUGAACGGCUUCCUGAUAUCAACAUCUACCAGCUGAAGGUGCUCGACUGCGCCAUGGACGCCUGCAUCAACCUUGGGCUGUUGGAAGAGGCACUCUUCUAUGGGAUUCGGACCAUGGAGCCCUACCGGAUUUUUUUCCCAGGAAGCCACCCCGUCAGAGGUGUGCAAGUAAUGAAAGUCGGCAAACUGCAAUUGCAUCAAGGCAUGUUUCCGCAAGCAAUGAAGAACCUGAGACUGGCUUUUGAUAUCAUGCGAGUGACACAUGGCAGAGAACACAGCCUGAUUGAAGAUUUGAUUCUACUCUUAGAAGAAUGUGAUGCCAACAUAAGAGCAUCCUAAGGAAGCCCAGCUGGAGAGAGAGAGAGAUGGCUUGUAACCUUAUCGAUGCCUUAUUGAGGUCACACCAAUUUGUACUUUGUUUGCUGUGUGGAUCUUCCUUGUUGAAAAUGCUGUUUUGUGUUUAUGUAGGUAAAUAAAGGCAGACACGUGGCUUGUCAACCAUAGAAUCCCUAGUUGUAGAGAAGCACGGUUAUAAUAAAUACAAAAAAAGUUAGUUGAAA